UCAUUUAUCCGGUGGAAAUGACGACCAUGCGUCGAUACAAUGAACAGACGCUACCUUAAAAGAUGAUUUUCUACGGUAGUAGCGUCGGAACGCCUGUUACAGACAGUCUGGCGUCGGUUUUGAUAACGUGAUUCACCCCAGCAACCACGUGUUGGUAUUCCAUAUUUAAUAUAAAUUAUUUUAAUAUUGAUAACUUCUCUAUUAUAUAUUUAAAUGGAUACGAUAUAUACGGGUAGGGUGCACGGCUUUACGAAUUUGAGUAGAGCCGGAUUAGAGCCCGCUCUAACCGAAGAGAGUAUCCUUUCUUUGAUGGUCGUUUUGGGUAGCAGCAUAUCAUUAGUGGCUCUGGUGUUUGCGUUUAUAACGUACAGUUUAUUUUCUGAUUUACGUAAUCUUUCUGGAACGACUCUGAUGAAUCUCCUGGCGGCCCUUUUCAUGACGCAAUUGUUGUACGUUGUCGGCGUAGGGGGGGUGUCGGAUUCUGAGUUGUGUAUAUCGUUGGCGUUUGCUUUGCAAUACGCCAGGCUGAGCAUCUUCUUUUGGAUGAUGUUGAUGGCCCAUAAUAUGUACAAUCAAUUCAGAACCGGGCUACAACUAGCGCCGGUGGUGGAUAACGACAUAACCAAACAUUUUAUAAGAUACUCUUUAUUCGGAUGGGGUCUACCUCUACUUCUUCUGUUUGUAAGUGUUUUGAUUCAGUAUGAAGAAAAAGGGGGGAAAUUAUUGGAUACUAUGUCUCUAAAAAAACAAAAUUGCUGGUUUCUGGAUACCAACGCUUUCAUUUACGGUCUAAUAUCACCCAGUUUCGUCAUCAUCAUAAUCACCUUCAACUAUUUGAUACGAUCGACGUUUCUGUCGAUAUACAUCAUCAGUUUCCAGACAGAUAUUAGAACUAAAGAAAAAAUGAAUAAUAAAAGAACCCUUCAAAUUCUCCUUUUCGUAAAGCCAGUGGUCGAUAUCGUCGAAAUGGCCGACGAAAACCAGACGAAAAUAAAAAUCGAACGCCCCUUGUAUGAACAUAACCAGUUGAGACAAAAUUUUCGUUACGAAAAAGACAAAAAAAACCUAAUACAUAGAUUAUGCCCCGGGAAAGUUUCUAUUAGAAAAAUUGUUACUAGAACGAUUCCUGUGUUGAAAUGGUUACCGAAAUAUGAUUGGAAAAAGGAUUUUUUAGCCGAUUUAGCUUCUGGAUACACAGUGGCCGUCAUGCACAUACCACAGGGUAUGGCUUACGCCCUUUUGGGCAACGUACCACCGGUGGUAGGUAUAUACAUGGCGAUAUUUCCCGUUCUGGUAUAUUUUUUUUUCGGUACGUCGAAACACGCUUCUAUGGGUACGUUUUCUAUUGCCUGUUUGAUGACGGGUAAGGCGGUUUUGGAGCAUGCCGAUCAAUCUUUUUUGGAAACUACGGCUUCUGGAAAUAAUGAUACAGUGACUGUGAUUAGUGUGGGUUACACGCCCAUCCAAGUGGCUACGGCGGUUACUUUCGUAACAUCAGUAGUUCAACUCAUUAUGUAUUGUUUACGUUUGGGGGCGGUAACCGCCCUUUUAUCCGACGUAUUAGUUAAAUCUUUUACUUGCGGGGCGGCUUUUCAAAUAGUCGCUACCCAAAUAAAAGAUCUCAUCGGUGUAGAUAUGCCUAGUUUCAAAGGAAACUUCAUCACAGUUAAGAUAUUCAAAAUAGUGUUCGAGGAAUUGAACGAAGUUAAUUGGGCUGCGGUGAUUAUAUCGGCGAUAGCAAUAAUUGUAUUAGUAAUAAAUAAUGAAAUAUUAAAGCCAAUAAUAGCGAAAAAAUCGUCUGUACCACUACCCAUAGAGCUCAUAGUGGUUAUUAUAGGUACACUAUGCUCGCAAUAUUUAAAUCUACAAAAAGUUUACGAUUUAAAAGUGAUAGGGGACAUUCCCAAGGGAUUUCCCCAACCUGAAUUUCCGCCAUUACCUCUACUUUCGAAGAUUAUAACCGAUGGUAUUUCCACUUCGAUCGUUUCGUAUGCUAUAACGAUAUCCCUGAUGAUGAUACUAGCUCAAAAAGGAAACUACGAAGUAGACGCGAAUCAAGAAUUACUAGCAAUGGGUUUGGGUAACGCGGCGGGUUCCUGUUUUUCUUGUAUGCCGUUUUGCGCUUCCUUAUCCAGAUCGAUGAUACAGGAAGUUGUCGGUGGGAAAACCCAAUUGGUUUCCGUUAUUUCUUCAAUACUUUUAACGGUUACUCUUUUAUGGAUAGCGCCGUUUUUCGAACCUCUACCUAAAUGCGUCCUGGCGAGCGUUAUAGUGGUUUCGUUGAAAAGUAUGUUGAUACAAGUUACGGAAUUGAUACAAUUUUGGAAAAUGAGUAAACUAGACGCCGUCGUAUGGAUAGCGACGUUUUUAUCGGUAGUUUUCGUCAGCAUGGAAAUAGCUCUACUAGUAGGAAUCGGUUUAUCGCUAACGUCCAUCAUUGUAACAAAUUUUAAACCGUACACGUGUUUAUUAGGAUCAGUUCCUAACACGGAUAUUUACUUAGACAUAAACAAAUACAAAAAAGCGGUCGAAAUUGUUGGUAUUAAAAUUUUCCAUUAUUGCGGAUCGUUGAAUUUCGUAACACGAACGACGUUUCGGAAUCAAUUGUACAAAUUGAUUGAAUUGAAUCCGCAAAAAGAGAAAAUUCUUCGAACUAAAUUGGACAAAUUGAAAAUUAAAAUGGCAGAAUCAGCUUUGAACGAUCACAAAGACAAAUUGAAAAAACUACAACGGAAAAUCAACUCGGAAAUAAAAUGUAUCGUUUUGGAUUUUUCUUCUGUGAGCGGAUUGGACGCGUGCGGCGCCGCCAUGCUGAAAAACGAAAUAAACGAAUUCGAAAAAUUGAAUAUCACCCUGUAUAUAGCCGCUUGUUCAGAUCGAGUUUAUAAUCUUUUGGAAAAGUGCGAUCUCGUUUCAAAAGAGAAAAAUUCUUUACGCGUGUUUUUCAGUAUACACGACGCCGUGGAAACUGCUUCUAAUACCAUCAAAUUCAAUCACCACAUCGAAACCAACCCCGUAGAUUUCACCCUUAACGAAUAUCAACCUUAAACUGACUUUUUUUGUAUUUAAAUAUUUAUUUAUUAAUAAAAAAACGUCGUAUAAA